UCGAUAUUGUGAGCCGACCAAAUCUAAAUAAUUAAUUAAUUGUUGGGCAAUCUACAUUUUUCAUGAUUAUUGGUUUGACGUUUGUGUCAACUGUCAAAAUCAGCUGUUUAUGUUUUAUUAAAAAUAAAUUAAAAAAUCGCCGAAAGAAUGGUCGAAGAAGUGAAAAACAACCUUCAGGAGCUCCUGUCGAAGGUGUCCGGCCUGUACGGCGUCGUCAUCACCGACCGUGACGGUGUCCACUUGCUCAAAGUUAAUUCGGAUAAGGCCCCCGAGCACGCAAUGAGGCCCAACUUCAUUUCAACGUUUGGACUUGCUGUGGACCAAGGAAGUAAACUAGGUUUAGGAAAAACAAACACUUUGAUCUGUGUCUACUCUCAGUAUCAAGUUAUACAAAUGAACAAACUUCCACUUAUUGUAACAUUUAUUGCUAGUGAUACUUGUAAUACAGGGCAUAUUUUGGCGAUUGAAAAACAGCUCGAUCCUAUCGUUUCGAAUUUGGCGCUGGCGGUCGCUGAGUCUUAAUUCUAUUAUGUAUAUUUACUUUUGUACACUAUCCUUAUGUAAGCAUUAAUUGAAUAAAAUAAUUUUUAUAUCUUA